CGUGCGGACGGUCACGGGGAACGCCUUUCCUCUCCAAUCAACCUUUCCAGAGAGCAGCUUCUGUGAGCUCAGAGCUGGAGGGUGGUGCCGAGCGCGCAGCAAGGAGACUUUCGCUGCUGGCGAGGGAGGAACGCCACUUUUCCGGACUCCUUUGUCCUCCUCCCCUUUCCCUCAUGCUCUUCAAUGUUUCCAAGGAUUACUAGAUUGCUUUGGGGUUUUCUUUUGCUUGUGAGGAACUGACUGCGGCGGGUGAGAGUCUUUUGGGAAGGCGGAACAAGCAUCGGACUCUGUAACCAGGCACCAAAUCCACGGGAAAGAAAAACUUCGCGUCCUGGUUCAUCAAGGUCAGCACUAUGACUGAUGGGGACUAUGACUAUCUGAUCAAACUCCUUGCCCUCGGGGAUUCUGGGGUUGGGAAGACCACGUUCCUGUACAGAUACACCGACAACAAGUUCAACCCAAAAUUCAUCACCACAGUAGGAAUUGACUUCCGGGAAAAGCGGGUGGUAUACAACAGCCGGGGGUCAAAUGGCUCUCCUGGGAAAGCCUUUAAGGUCCAUCUUCAGCUCUGGGACACAGCCGGGCAAGAAAGAUUCAGAAGUCUCACGACAGCAUUUUUCAGAGAUGCCAUGGGCUUCUUGUUAAUGUUUGAUCUCACCAGUCAACAGAGCUUCUUAAAUGUCAGAAACUGGAUGAGCCAACUGCAAGCAAACGCGUAUUGUGAGAACCCGGACAUUGUAUUAAUUGGAAAUAAAGCUGACCUAUCAGAUCAGAGAGAGGUCAAUGAGAGACAAGCGAAAGAUCUAGCAGACAAAUACGGCAUCCCAUACUUUGAAACAAGUGCAGCUACCGGCCAGAAUGUGGAAAAAGCUGUGGAAACUCUCUUGGACUUGAUAAUGAAACGUAUGGAACAGUGUGUUGACAAGAGUCAAGUCUCAGACACAGCCAACGGAGGGAAUUCAGGGAAGCUGGAAUCAGCAAAAUCAGAAGAGAAGAAAUGUGCUUGUUGAUUUAGCUCCUCAGACAGAGGGGAACGAACAAGAAAUUGUCCUAUCCGAAAAUAGCAGUCCUGACCAACCACCAAAUUCAACCCUGGAAGCUCUUGUGGUCCAUAUGGGGCAGCUGUUGUUGUCUUAAGCAAGGCCGAUUAUUUGCGAUGCUGAGAGAGUCAUGCUUCCAUGCUUGCCACAGAUGUUACCUGUACAAUGUCAUCUUCAUAGAAAACCCAGAGGCCCUCAUCUUCUCAAUACGACCAGGCCAGUAAAUAGAGGAAAGCCUUGCUUAUAUUGGGGAGAGGGUUGCUUGAAAUGUUAAAUGAUCAAUGAAUCACCCUUGUAGGCCCACACAAUCACUUCUAGUCCUGUUGCCUUCUAUUACAAUAUACAUUAUGCAUUUGCUACAGACGGUUUAUAAAAAGCAAAUGGAUAUUAAUGUAGCCUAUUAUAAAUGUCUUCGUAUUUUAUUUUAUUUUAUUUUAUUUUGUUAAUACCAAGCAGUCAUUGCUGUUACAUUCAGUUGACUGAUGUCUCUGAUGAGCUCAGAAUAUUGCAUCCUCUUCCAGGAUAAAACUGAGGACCUGUGUAACACUGGAAUGAUUGCCAAGUGGAAUUGGAGGGGGUGUGGGCUAAAAGAGGAAGGGGAUGUCCAGGAAUUCUAGCACAGUGGUAGGAAGGAGCAGGUUGAUACUGCAGUGAAGCUUUUUCCUCGAAACCAAAAGGUAUUGGCCGCGCUUCAAACACCCAGACCAGCGUUGUCUCCCAAGAACAUGGGCAACAGAAUGACAAACACUUUCUCUGGUGACUUUGUAAUUGCUUUAAAGGAGUCUCAUUCCUCAGGUAAACAGAAGACAGGUCCAUACGAAUGCAGUUAGCUUUUCUAAUUAAUUCUCUUCCCUCCUUGCAUUUUUUAAAAAUUUUGUUUUAUAAGUGGGCCACCUAAUAAAUGUAAAACUGUUGAAUGUUGAUUUGGAGAAUGGAGCAUCACAAAAGCAAAACCUUGAUUAAAUAUAUAAUAUAUGGCUGGCACUUGGAAGCAUUUAAAAUUGGCAAGGUAGGCUUAGGAAUAGAGCAUCAAAGGGUGAUUCUGUUACUGUAGCUAUGCUGCCAACUGUUGAGUGGUGCCAAAUUUUUCUUUAAAGCCAAAUGUUGUGGUAGGGCUGUGAUGUAUUGAAACAUAUCUUUUGAAAUAAAUAUACAAUCAGCUGUGUACCAUUCCUACAUGGUGCCACAUUAGAACAAAGUAUAUAUUGGUAAAGUCCUAGAGGCUGCUCCAGCUUUGGCCCUGAAGCCAGCAAGAUCCCACUGGGAAAACUGGAGAAGAGACUUUAAGCACCACAUGGUCUUUGCUUCAUGGGCCAGACUUUUGGCCCAUAGUUUUAUUCUGGAUUCACGCAUAGAUGAUCUUGUGCAGUACAAGGGCAAGAAGGUAUCCAGGCAGCCCAGUGAAUGUAUAAAGCUGAAACUGUAACAACAUGGAGAGUUGGAAGAUGACGUUAAGAAGAAAUGAUACGGAGGUGUUAGGCUUGCUUGCCGAAAAUAAUAAUUUAUAGGUGGAGAAUUCUGAGGUGCCCGCUCUGAGAUCUGCCCCCUCCAUCCCUUGAUUAUUAAGAUGUCUCAGUUGAUGAACUCCUGCUGCAGAGCCCCCAAAUCCUGAUAUCGCCUAGAGGGCAAUAUAAGCAUAUGGUAGUCUGUGGGAAAGAGCUGUUGCACUAACAAGUUCCUCAAGGAAGGAGCAAGGGAGCAGGGGGGUGGGGUGCUUGGAAAACUGCAGCUGCACACAGGAGAUUCUGCCUGACCUGCAGCAAGUAAUUGGACAGGAUGUCUUUCAGAAAGAAAGAAAAACCCCAGUGGCAUUUUUAACUGGUAGAACAGUUUCAUAAAACCUUGGUAGCUAUGCUUUUGGAAUUUUAUAUUUUUGCAUGCUAUUUUUUGGUGAAACAACAUACCGAAUGCCUGGUGCAUGGACUGUUAACGGUUUAGUGCAAGAGCAGAUUUUCCUCCCUUUCUAUCUCAUAACCAACUGCUUUUUUUCAUUCUGAGGACCAUUAGCUUGACUACUCAAGCACCCUCUUUUAGGAAGCAGCCCAGCUUUCCUUCUUUUUCCCCCAUGCUGCAUUUACUGUAAACUCCCUUUGGUUUACAAAUUUGGAGAUGUCUUAAUCGAGAGUAACCCCUCUGUACUUUUAAUAGCUGCAUGUUGAGGGGAUUUUGGCAAGCAUGGUUUCCUAUUAAGGACUAGAGUCCAGGAUUCCUAUUUUUCCUCUUAUAAUGGGGUGGAGAAUCUGUAGACCUCCACAUAUGGUAGCUGGAGAUCCAUGGGUUCCCCAUUUCUGGACAUCAGGGUACUAAAAGCUGCCGAAUCCCCAAGUGAAGUCUGUUGUGUUUGGCAUAGUCUAUAUGAGGUUUUCAGUGGUGUCUCUGCUGAUUUCAUUCCAUAGCGCAUCAUCAGAGCUGGAAAUGAGGAGCAGGAAGUGUCAGAAUGACACCAGGUAUCUCUAUGUAGGAAACUUAUCUUGCCCUCGCAGUUCUUACGUUGGUUGCCUACGUACAACAGAAUAUUUAAAACAGGCCAUCUGUGGUUCAUUGACCAACAAUUGGCAGGGGCAUAGAAAAGUUGGCAUGAAAAUAAAGAGGUGAUUCCAGGCUUCCUUCUCCCCCUUUUAAAAAUGUUGAAUAAAACGAUGGAGUCUCUUGGAAUGUGUGCAGCGAAAUGUAGCUUCAUUUGGUGUGUGCUGGCGUGGGAGACAUCACUUUUCACUGUCCCCCGUAGCGGCCAACAGGAACGCUACAACUCGUCAGGCGCUUUUGCGGUGCUUUCUUUGAGUGCUUUCAAAUAAUCAGCCAAAGCAUUCCCCAGUCACCUCUGCAAUAUGGCUCCACAAGCUUGAUGAGUUGUUCAUACUUAAUAGAUGAGGAGAGAAUUAACUCUGCCCUGGUGUCCCGGGAAUAUCCAUUUGCCUAUUGCAACAGCAUGGAGGAGUUUAUCAAUGUGGCUCUGCGUGACGGUCCUUUCAGGAUAAGUCCUUGGAGGAGGGAAAGUGUAUCCAAUGGGAUUCAUUUGAGAAAAUGGAGUGUUAUUGAGUGGUAACAGACAUGUGGUGCACCUAAAAAUGGGUAUUCGAUCAAUACUUUCUGGGGGAAAGCCCAUUCUCUCCAAAUGUGUGUUUGUAAAUUUGUCUUAAGACUCUUGUCUUAGAUCUACCAACGCACUGACUGCUAAGUUCACACCCACACUUAAAGCUGGUGUGGUAUUGCUAAAGCAGGGAUAAGGAACCUCUGGGUCUUGUAGGUAUACACCUCUCCCCCACUGCCACCAGCAUGACCAUUAGUCUGGGAUAAUGGGAGUUGGAAUCUCAACAACAUCUGGAGGGGGCAGGUUCCCUGCAUCUGUGCCAGAGCUGUAAUCUGAAGUCUCCUUUUCCUAGAAAGCAAAUGGUAGUCUUCUGUGAAACUGAAUGAAAAAAAGAACCCAAUUAUUUUUUCUUGGUAACCUCCUCGCAACUGCGCAUUAGGAUCAGUACUUUUGUGGGCCAGAUGUGGAACCUUCUGGAGCUUUUUUCAGGAGCAUGAGUCUUGCAUGGUUCUGUCUGCCUCCCCUUAGACAUUUUUUUCUUUAUCUCAUUCAUGUUGGGAAAUGCCAAGACAGGUAAAACAUAAUAUUGAGUCAAGCUGUGUGUGUACAACAGUUACAGAAGCAAAGUAAGAAAAGCCAAGCUUUCACAGGAAGGGACAAAAACGGGAGGGAGGUGGGUAGGGCCCUGCUGUCAUGUUGCAAGCGAGUGUGUGUGCGCUCUGCAAGAAACACACUUUAAUUUUGACUCUGCUGUACUAUGACCUGCCUUCCCAUUUCCUAUCAUCUACAUAAGACAAGGCCCCACUUGGGUGGGGAGAUUAGGUAGUCCCAAGUAGUACAGAUAUUCUUGCACUUUAAAAACAAAAUGAAACCGAAACAUUCCUCUCUCCACUCAUUCAAAGAAAGGCAAGUUGCAUCACUUAUGGUCUACCUUUAUUUUCAGAACACCAAUUUACAUAGAUUCUUUAUGAAGCAUCUCCUAUAACUGCCUGUCCUCCCUGCACAAUAGGGCUUUCAGUGUAAAUAAUUCGAGGUACUUUGCCUGAGCAUAUUUAUUGAAAUGAUCCUUUUCAAAUUUUGUAUCCUUUGCCUUCCUGACUUAACACUAGCAACCUUCUAAUUGAUCAAUUGCUUUUUUAAAAAAAAAAAGUUUUCUCUGUUAGAUUAUUCUGAGCAUGUUUUACGUUGGUCUGUGCGGCAGGUCUUUACUUGUUAAAAGAUUUACAUUCUUGAACAUGGACAUUUUGUAUUGUAUGUCUCUCAAUAGACUGCGAUGCCAGCAUAACAAUGUCAGUCAUUACUUUGUUGUACCAAAGUACCUGUGGCUUUAAAACUAAAUAUCUAUAAAUAUAUAUAUAUUAUAUACAUACACAUUGUCAACUUUUAUUAACUAGUGUCUGGGUUUGUACAAUAUGGUCAAGGAAUGUAAUCUUGUGGUUUCAUAUCUGCACUGUCCUUUUGAAAAUUAAAAUAAUAUGUUUUUAAUCA